AUGCAGGGGAAUGAAGUGACUGAUCUUGCAAGCGAAUCUAUUCAACUGAUCCAAGCGAAGGGACCAUCGAGACUCGACCCGAUCAAGUUCGCAACAGGUACGACUAAAGUCUUCGGACGCAGUUCGGGCUGUGAUUAUCCACUCGAGGAUCCAGACGCAUCAAUCUCUCGCAAACACUUCCAGAUUCAUGAUUCGAAUGGCUGGCACAUUACUGAUCUGGGAUCACGGAAUGGGACCCAACUCAACGGCACCAAGUUGCUUCCAGAUUAUGCAACAGCCAUUUCACACGGCGAUGUGAUUCGAGUUGGAUCAUGGGUAUUCCGUGUGAAAGUUGGUGAUCAGAAAUCGAUGGGUUCAGACUCAACGAUGAUCAAUACGCUCAACGACACAGAUGAGAGCACGAGCAUGGUCGAGCGUGUGGUUGCUGAGCCGCUCGCGAAUCUUGCGAGCCAUCGAUUGGCGGUGCUGCUUGAAUGCGCUGACAAGAUCCACGGCUCGUCUGAUCUGGAGGAAGCUGCGAACAGCGCGUUGCAUGCAAUGAUCGAGUCCACAGGAUUCUCACGGGCUGCGUUUUUGACUCCGAUGGAAGAUGCUGGUCAGUAUGAGACUGUCGCGUUUCAGAGUAAGAAUCCAUUCGAUGAUGUGACAUCCGUCAACUUCAGCCAGUCGUUGCUUGAGACUGCAUCUGAAGGCGAGGUGGUCCGAUUGUCCGGGACGGCAUCACAAGCGGAUUAUGGUCAGAGCAUUGCUGAGCUUGAUAUCCACUCGGCGCUGUGCGUUCCUGUAAUGGUUGAUGAAGCACCUAUGGGGUAUUUGUACCUCGAUGCUCGUGGAUCAGAGAGCACCGUCAAACAUGAUGCAUCCGCAUUCGGACGCGCGGUCGGCCGAUUGCUGGGACUCACGGCAUCGAAUAUCCGGAGCAAAGAGCUUGAGAUCCAGCAGCACGCGAUGCAGUACGACUUGGAUGCCGCAGCGAAUGCUCAACGAUUACUGCUCCCUCCUUCGGAUGGGGUCGUCGGAUCGGUCUCCUAUUCAAUGCUGAUGCGUCCUGGACGGAUGGUCGCGGGCGACCUGUUCGGAGUUGUGAAACUUAAAGAUGGACGAGUGUGUGCGUUCCUUGGGGAUGUAUCUGGAAAGGGCGCCGGCGCGGCGAUCAUGAUGGCGACUACUCAGAGUUACAUCCACGCGAUGUUUGAUCAGACUUCUGAUAUCUCUGUAGUCAUGACCAAACUCAACAAACACAUUGCUCAUCGGUCGAUGGGGCAGUUCGUGACGAUGUGGAUCGGAGUGAUCAACAAGGACGAGUCUGGAGGUGCGGAGGUUGAGUUCAUCGACGCCGGGCACGGGCAUUGGCUUAUUACCAAUGGCGGCGCCGAUGCACAGCGUCCAGAUUACCGCGGCGGGGUCGUGGUCGGGAUUGAUCCGGAUAUCGAGUAUGAAUCAGAACGAUUUAGGAUUGAACCAGGUCAGCGGAUGGUGAUCUUCUCUGAUGGAAUUGUUGAGCAGACGCCGCCGGAUUCAGAGGAAGAGUAUGGAAUGCAUCGAGCUGGUGCGCUGCUGCGUUCGAGCACAUCGCAUCGAGAGGAUGUCACUAAACUGCUCGAAGGCGUGCUGGGAUUUGCUCAAUCUGACCAACUCCGCGAUGACACCACAAUUGCGUCUGUCGGCGUUCAAAUUGAAAGCUGA